GCGGCAUCAUUAGCCCCUCCCACUUCCUGUACAGUGCUCACACCUCCACAUGUCAGCUGAGUUAAAGCCUGGUCGGUGUUGUUAGUGUCUAACAGAACUGUCCACUGUGUUGGUGAUGUUUGACCCGGAUCUCAGCUGGCUCUUCUUCGACCCUCUCCGAGUCCUGACUGAUGAAAUGCUCCUCGUGAGCCGCCGCCCGCCAACCAGACGUCAGACACGCAGCGCUCUCAAACACAUGGACAGCAGACGGAGAGGUUUCCCCGGCUGACACAGAUCGAGUGUGACCAUCGGGGGAGCUCCGAGACGAGCGCAGAGAGCUACAUCCUCCUGAAGCCUCGACCAUCCAGAGCCAAGAGGAAUAUAAACCCUCGGGACUCCACAGCGGCCCUACGGGGGGAAUCAAAAUGUACGUAUAAACACCUCUACACACUAAAUGAACCUCCAGAAGCCAAUCAGGCGUCUCUGCUCGUCAACAUAGUGGGAGAGUAAACGUUCUGUGAUUCUGUGUUGACUUUGACCUGACGUGACCCUCAGCUCUGUGUCCUCUCACAGGGAGAAGAUGAUCCUGCUGCUCCUCACGCUGACCUGCUGCGUCUGUGGAACGUUUGAAACUUCCUACGAGGCGGAGGAGAACGAGGACGUCACACUGGAGUGGACGUUCACUCCAGCCGACCGCUCGCUCGACGCUCUAAACAUCGACUGUGCCAAGGUCACCAAUCAGAAACACUGGGUCCUCUUUCGUCUCGCUGACGGAGUCCAGGUCCCGGAGUCUCAGGACGCACAGUUUGCAGGACGAGUCCACUUUGACAAAGACGUCCUCGGAGAAGGACGACUCAGACUGAACGUGACCUCACUCAGGGUUGAAGACUCGGGCGAUUAUUUGUGCGAGUACGGCGAGGUCCCCGACGUCCGCAGACUCACAGUGAGAGCAGCGAGACGCUCUGAGACUGAACCUGAGAGACGGAGCACAGAGAGCUGGGGAUGGAAGGAUUUCAUCAGUAAUCUGGGGAUGAUCUCUGGACUCGUUGCGUUGCUGAUUGCUCUCUGUCUUAACAUCUAUGCCUGUUGGCGCCCCAUCUGACAGAUCUGACCUCCACACUCUGUCUUUUCUGUUUGUAAGUGUUUCCACCAGCUUUAAGCCACUCUUAAUACCAGCCAAAGACAGUCUUUUCUUGUCGUCUUUAAAAGUCUGCUGGUUCUCCUUCAGUUGGGCUCUUUACCACAACGCUCCGUUCUGUCGCCACAUCGUGAAACGAUUCGUCUGAUAUCAACCUUUAAGAACAACUUGGUUUAUUCACGACAUCGAGGAAAAGAACUACACUACCCAUAAUCACAGAGUGUCACGGCUACGGCUCUGAUUGGUGGAGCUCGCCGUUACCAUGGCAAUAUUUCCCGCUUCUCGGUGCCGAAUGCGAACGGAUAGAUUCGCUAGCUAGCUACUUAGCUAACAUAAAUUACUGCUAACCUUGUUAUUCCGCAGUGAAUG